CUCCCAGACUUAAUCAGUGACAAGGGGACAGUGAGUAACACAGAAGCUUGUGCACCAUGAGCAUCUCUACACUGAGCCUCACCAGAUUCCCGGGCAGCAUCUCUGGGCUCCUCCAAGUGGCCUCGCUGCUCAGCUUGCUUCUGCUGCUGUUCAAGGCAGCCCAGUUCCUCCUGCACAGGCAAUGGCUGCUCAAAGCCCUUCAGCAGUUUCCAUCUCCACCAUGCGCCUUCCCACAAUGGCUGUGGGGCAGCAAAGUGCGUGUCCUCGUUUAUGAUCCUGAAUACAUGAAGGCGAUUCUGGGGAGAUCAGAUCCAAAAUCUCAUAAUACAUACAGAAUUGUGGCUCCCUGGAUUGGGUAUGGUUUGCUCCUGUUGAAUGGGGAGACAUGGUUCCAGCACCGCCGGAUGUUGACCCCAGCCUUCCACUAUGACAUCCUGAAGCCCUACGUGGGAAUCAUGGCUGACUCUGUCAGAGUGAUGCUGGACAAAUGGGAGCAGCUUAUUGGACAGAACUCUCUGGAGAUUUUUCAGCAUGUCUCUCUGAUGACCCUGGACACCAUCAUGAAGUGUGCCUUCAGCCACCAGGGCAGUGUCCAGCAGGAGAGGAAUUCCAAGUCCUACAUUCAGGCUGUUGGGGAUAUGAACUACCUGUUUUUUUCUCGUGUGAGGAAUGUCUUUCACCAGAACGACACCAUCUACAGACUGACCUCUGAUGGCCGCUUGUUCCACCAUGCCUGCCAGCUUGCCCAUGAGCACACAGAUCAAGUGAUCCGGCAGAGGAAGGCUCAGCUGCAGAAUGAGAGAGAGCUGGAGAAGAUCAGGAAGAAGAGGCACUUGGAUUUCUUGGACAUCCUUCUGUGUGCCAAACAGAAGUGCAGGGAGGAGGUCCAGAGCCUCCUGGGGGACGGAGCCUCCAUCACCUGGGACCACCUGGACCAGAUGACCUACACCACCAUGUGCAUCAAGGAGGCCCUGAGGAUCUAUUCACCAGUCGCAGGUGUGAGCAGAGAUCUCAGCAAACCUAUCACUUUCCCUGAUGGACGCUCUUUACCCAAAGGUAUUAUGGUCACACUCUCCAUUUAUGGCCUUCACCACAACCCAAAGGUGUGGCCAAACCCAGAGGUGUUUGAUCCUUCUCGAUUUGCACCUGGAUCUCCUCGACACAGCCACUCCUUCCUGCCCUUCUCAGGAGGAUCAAGGAACUGCAUUGGGAAACAAUUUGCCAUGAAUGAGCUGAAAGUGGCCGUGGCCCUGACUCUGCUUCGUUUUGAGCUACUGCCAGAUCCCACCAGGGUCCCUGUACCCAUGGCACUAAUUGUGUUGAAGUCCAAGAAUGGAAUCCACCUGCAUCUCAGGAAGCUCCAAUAAUUCUGGUGGAAGAGAAGUCGUCUUUGGGCUAGCUGCUUGAAAUUUUGAGUUUCUGUCACCUGUUCCUGUGCACCUUCCAUUGCCCCAAAACUGCUUUCCAUUUUUCCACCUGCCCUUCUUCCCACCGGCUUGUUCUCUUGCCUCUUUGUCUCAUCUUACUCUAGGCUCCCUUCCUGCUUUUUUUCUAUGUGUCUCCCACCUGCCUAUAUCUUUGUCCCCUGAUAAGCUGCAUAUCCAUUUCCUUGUCUGUUCCUUUACCUUACUUGUGCUGCUUGUCUGUCCAUCUAUGAGUUUCUUACUGCUGCUAUAAAAAGUGAGAACAACCUCAAUGGCUUUGUAUGACAGAAAUCUAGUUACUUAUGGUCCUGAAUAACAGAGUUCUAACAUGGGUUGCCUUGAGUUGCAACCAAGAUAAUGGUGCUGUCACUGCACAUCCACGGCCAUUGGUGUGCCUCACCCUUUUGUCAUUUCCAUUAUCUAGAGCUGCCUUGCUGGACUUCAUGAUCUAUGGUCAAUAUUCAAAUCCUGCAACACCUUUGACUCUCUCUACUUCUAUCUUUAUAUCCAAUCUCUAUCAUAAGGACCUUUGUGAUAACAAUGUGCCCAUGUGAUAAUAGAGAAUAUCAUCAUAGUUCUCCCAGGUCAAGGAUGUGUACAUUGGUUGAGCCAUUAUUCAGCCUAGCACACUUCCUUCCUGUCACCCAACCUAUCCAUGUAUAUCUCUCCUAAUAUCUAUUAUCUAAGCCUCUUUGUCUUUUCUCCCUCCUGCAUAAAGUUCACAAAGUUGGAUAUAGUGUCUGUCUUUCCUUAAAAGGUGAUGGAGGGAUGGGAAAAGAAAAGGAAAACGUCCCUUCUGAGGUAGAAGAUGAUAUCUGCCUGGCCAGAUGCAGCCCACUCACUCCAAGUGGCUUUGUUCAUGGGACCUUCUCAUGUCACACAAUUGCCCAUUGGUUCCAUGUAACUGAUCUUAGAACUCCCUGGUAGUUCAGCUAGAGAAAUUCACAUCUUUGGGAUAAAAGAAUAGGCCUACAUUCUAUUCAAGGGUUAAUACUCCUCAUAAUUGAAUCUUCUAAAUAUCAAGACAGAGCCUGAAAUAAGCAGCAGUGCCACAUGGUGGUGCCUUGCACCCUGAAUGGCCAUCCCCCAGCCAUUCCUAGCCUAUGGACUCAAACCAUAGACUGAGGUCUGUUUGUAGUGUGACACCACCUUCUAUUCUCUACAUGGGCUUCUCCCCCAGUGGUGCCAGCAGCCAGGGUCUUCCUCCCAGGUACCUGGCUGCUCAGGUCCCUGGACAAAUUCAGCCCUGAACUAAGAAGGAACCAGAGAAGGCAGGCUGGACAUGAAGUGCCUGGUUCAAAAUGAAGGAGGAAGAGUGAGGUGGGAAUGUCCUGGAGAGGCUGAAUGGCAGUCUUCUGGCAUCAGGUGGGACAGGAGGGUUCAUGCUAACCAUGCUCAGAGAUCAGAGGUCAAGGGGAGCUAACUACCAUCAUGACACUCAGUCCUGUGGAAGCAAAGGAGAAGCUGUACAUGAGAGCAAGUGUCAAUGUCUGAGUCCAAGAAGUCGAGACCUAACCUUGACCCAAGAGCAGGAGAAGGUUAGAAGAGGGAGAAAUCUGAAUGUCCACAUGUAAUGAGUGACUUGGGUACUUAUCACUUCCAUACACAUAAAAUAGCCAAAAUCGAUUGGAGAGUUAAAAGAGCCCACAGAAAGGCAGAAAAUGUUUCAAAUUAAAUGAAGAUAACAGAAGAACUCCUGUAUUCAACAACAAAAACACAACCAUCACAUGCAAAAAAAAAAAAUAGGCACAGAACUUCAAUAGACACUUCUUUCCUCU